CGUUCACCCCAAGGACCGACACAGUUCGUGCCCGGUGCUCUCUCCACACCCCUACCCGUAGGUUGUUUCCUCUGUUUUUUUUUGUCAGUGUCGAUGUAAGAAGGAGAAUUCGAGAAGAAAGGAACGAUGGAAAAGGGUCGCAGAGAGGCAAAAAAGCCUAACUAUUCUUCUUCAUCUCCUGAUGAACAGAGGCGUCUUCGAUCUAACAAUUUUCAUUCAAAUCGGUCAGAAAACAAUGCUCAAGUUUCAAAAAGAGGUAGCACCUGCAGUAGUAAUACCCUGGAUGAAAACUACGGCCAGAGUCAAGAUUCAUCCAAUCUUCCCUCCUUAGUAGGAACUUGCCUCGACAUGUGCCCAGCCAGGGAAAGGGCCCAACGUGAGCGUCUACGAGAUUUAUCCGUGUUUGAGAGAUUAAAUGGGAAUCCUGGGAGAACAUCUCCAAGCCUUGCUGUCAAGAAGUUUUGCAGAACCAUGUCUACUACACACAUACAGGCAUCAGAUGUUCGGCCUCUUCCAGUGUUGCAGGGCACAUUAGACUACCUUCUAAGUCUACUAGAUUCUUCUGAGCAUCCAUUUGAUGUAGUUCAUGACUUUGUUUUUGACCGUACGAGAUCUAUACGUCAAGAUCUUAGCAUGCAGAACAUUGUUAAUGAUCAGGCAAUCAACAUGUAUGAGGAAAUGGUCAAAUUCCAUAUAAUAUCUCAUCACAAGCUUCUCAGAUGUAGCAGUAAUCCAAAUAUUUCUUCUGCGCAUUACCUCAACAUGGAGCAACUGACAAAGUCCCUCUUAUCUCUUUAUGAUUUGUACAAUGCCAAUCGAAAGUUCAACUCCAUUAACAGGAAUGAAGCUGAGUUUCUUUCAUUUUAUGUUCUUCUUCAUCUUGGCUUCAAUGGUGAAUCAAUGGGUGAGUCACUAUCCACGUGGUUUCGCCUUCAACCCUCUUCUGUUACCAAAUCGAAGGAAAUGCGCUUUGCUCGGAAAGUCUUAAGGUUCUUCAGAGUUGGCAAUUACAAAUGUUUCUUUAGUACCAUAGCAUCAGAGGCAUCUUAUCUGCAGUUCUGUCUUAUGGAACCUUUCAUCAAUGAGAUCCGAGUAGAGGCGAUAUCUUGUAUCAAUUAUGGUGGAUACAAGCUCCAUCCAUACCCACUAGAGUACCUAUCCAAAAUCUUAAUGCUGAAGGAGUCAAAUGUGGAGUCUUUAUGCAAAGCAUGUGGACUUGAAAUCACAACAGAUGAAGCAGGAAAUAAAUUCUUACCUACCAAGCAAACGGGUUUUUGUCGACCCAAAGGAGGCUUCCACGAAUACAGCUUCUUGGAUAUCGAAAGGUUUCAGAGGCAAACUAUGGUUAAACACUCGAGGAUUGUCAAUUGAAGACCAUAGCUGGUUGUCUUACGGUCUCAUCUUACUUCAGAUUUGUAGAUUGCAUGAAUUGUACAGAUGUUGUAACAUAGAGACUAAUUAAUGAGGUACGGGCUAAUAAGCUAUAUGUACAGAUGUAUUAUGAAUGGACACAGUGGUUUAUAUCUAAAUUCUGUUUUGCCAGAUAUGGCAAGGAUAA